AUGGCCGUUUCCGUCGAAGAAGCGAUUUUCAACGCACUGCGAGGGCAUCACAACGAGAAAACGAAGCUACCGGCACCGCGCAUUAUAAAGAUUUAUGUUGCAAGUUUGAAGGAAGACUUCAAAGAGGAACGCCGGCUACUGCUGGAGGUGAUUGGACCUGAUUUACAGUCGGUUUACGAUGACCGGCAAAUUGAGGUGGAGAUUGUCGACAUCCAUUUCGGUACCGGCAGCGACAGCACCGUGGUGGAGCUAGAUCCCUAUGUGCUGGACGAUCAUCUCUCGGAAAUUGAAACGUGCCAUCGGGUAUCGAAGAGCGUGUUUUGUAUUGUAUUGUUAGGAUCACGUUUGGGCAAUUUUUUACUGCCAACUAGACUGAGUUCCGAGGUCUUUACCGCACUUGCCCAGCAUUCAACGGCGGCAGAAUGCGAAUGCCUCAGGAAGUGGUACCGGCAGGACACGGCCAACGGAGCAUACCUACUGCAAACACAAUUCAGGGCGAUGGAUCGUCAUGAAUGGAUCACGGAAAACCGGCAGCUGCGAGACAUCCUCGAGAACAAAGUUGACAAGAUUCUAGCGACAUUCCAGGAUGGUGGCGGCGGUGGCGGCGGCGGAGGCGGGGAAGAUUCCGGCGGUGGGCUUUCGCUGUCAGACGGAAUCAAAUUAAUCGAUAGCGAACGGUUUGGUGAUAAUCUGCCACGAUUGAAAACCAGAGCGCUCGAGCUGGAGAUUCAGAAAGCAUUGGCUUGCUCGGCGGAAAACAUGUUCGCCGUCUUUCGCAAAUGGGAAACGAAAGCUGAAAAUGGCUUUCGAGACGAAGAUCGAAUCGAGCAAAUAAAAACGACCCUUUCGGAAGUGCUACCCGAGGACAAUCGAGAAGUGCUAACUGUUCCCUGGACGGCGGAUGGCAAUAUCGACCCGGAUCUGCAAAGUCACGAGGACUACCUGAAUCGAUUCAAAGGCAGGGUCUUCGAGAAGCUGAAAAACACCAUCGAUCAAAGUUUGGCUAAGGAACCCAACGGUGGAAAGGGCCGGAAAAAGACGGUACAGGAAAUAUUCUACGAACAUUCGACCCAUCUGAUGUACUUGAACGAGCACUUGGCAGCAAAAAAAUACAUAUCAUCAAAAGUCCCGGAACGGAUACGGCAGAACGUGCUGUUGAACUAUCGUUCCGGCAGUCGGCAUCCACCAUAUUUCAUUUACGGUGGCCACGGCAGUGGCAAGAGCGUUUUGCUGUCGCACAUCUACACACAGCUAACCGAUUGGUUCGAGCAUGUUAAAGUUCAUCGAGUGAUUCGGUAUGCCUCCGCUACCCCCCGGUCCGCCUACAACUUGGAAUUGCUGAGAGUAAUCUGUCAACAGUUGGCAAUUAUCCUCAACAUACCGGAGGGUUAUUUGCCGAAGGAUGCGUCAUUUGAUCCGCUCUACAUAAAUAAUUGGUUUCAGAACUUACUGAAACACUGUGAGGAUCUGCACAACGAGAUAUUGUUUCUCUUUAUCGAUGACCUGCACAAGCUAAAUCCGCUGGACUGCGACAUCGUGGCCGCCCUGUCGUGGCUUCCAAUCAGUUUACCGUGGAAUGUUUUCCUGGUUGUCUCGACCACUGUGCCAAUAGAAUGCCUCAAGCUUACACCUAUCCAGAAGGAACGGUUCAAGUGCUUAGACUAUUUCUUCGAUCUGUCACUGGAACAGAAUGAAACUUCCGUGCGGAAGGCUGACGGCUGUCAAUCCUUCGAGGAGUACGUGAACAACAUUUUUGAUGCAAUGGAGCACCGCUUCGGAGUCAAGGGGUUCAGCAAACUGGCAAUUUACAUUACGUGCUCGGAGUACGGACUUACCGAGACCGAGUUUCUCGAACUGCUCAUGCCCACCGCCGACUCGGAAGCCCUAAUCGACUCGAACGAGGGUGGCUUUAAUUUUUCCACCUUCCGCACCGUCAGAAACGAGAUGGGGGUGCUUCUGCGGGAAAAACUAAUGUCCGGAAAGUUGCUGAUUGUAUGGCGGCACAGUCUCUGCUCGGAUAUCACCAAAGUGCGCUACAUGACACCGGAAAUCUCCCGGUCGGUACAUUCGGAAAUAGUGAAUCUGUUUUUCCCGCCGGACAGCGAUGAAAGCGACGAGAUUUCCAGCGAGCAGCAAAGCAGAAAAUCCAGUAUUCAAACGCAACAGGACGAUAACGUAACGCAAAUCAUUACGCUAGGGCCAGAUAUUUCCUACAGUAUACGACAUGUGGAGGAAUCGUGGCAUCAUCUAAUUAAAUCCGACGACACGAAAAAGCUCAAAGAGAUUGCCGUAUGCAAUUUCGACUUUCUGCUUGCUGCGGUACAAACUGUGUCAAUUAGCUAUCUGCGAUGUUUAAUCGAGCACGUACGUUGCUACAUUUUGGAUAGAGAUAUAGAACUGGUAUACUACACCAUCCGCAAGUCGAGUGACGUUCUCACUAGGGAUCCGAUGCAGCUGGGAGCGCAGCUGAUAUCUUGGCUGAAAUCAGUGGCAGCUCACGAGGGUCCUCAAGCUCUACUGAGCGUGACCGUUCAAUCAGCCACGGCUUGGUGCGACGGCUACACUGUUCCGCUGUUAGUGCCGCUAACCGGUUGGCUUCCGUCACCGCUGCCAUCGCAGAUUCGUUGCAUGACCGUGCCCGGGCCGGGUCCGGUGCGCUGUAUCGAAGUUUCGCCCUCAAAACAGCACCUAAUCCUUUCACCAAAAGUGGGUGAUCCCCAGCUAUGGCAUAUUAUGAGCAACAGUCUGGUUCACACAUUCCGGGGACACAGCGGUGCGGUGACAUUCAUGAAGGUACAAUCGCAGUAUCUGCUCACAGCCUCGGAGGAUACGUCCGUCAUCGUGUGGGACAUGCAAACACUAACGAUGAAAUUGAGAUUAUGCGAACACAUAGCACCAGUGAUCUGUGUCACAUUAGCACUGAAUAACAAAUACAUUAUCAGCGGCGGGGAUGACUCCAGCAUCAUCGUGGCACUGCUCGAAAGCGGGAAACUGGUUACGAGAAUAAACCACCACCGUGGUCCGGUAACAGGACUUCACGUAGCCAUGCCGAGCGAAGUUUUGGUUACCUCCAGCCACGAUGCCACCGUAUGCCUGUGGUCACUGGAAGAUUUUACUCUGCUGAACUGCAUCCAGUUGGCACAUCCGGUGCAUAAAAUUCAAAUUUCCUGUGAUUCGAUCUUUCUUCUGGCAUAUUGCGACGAUAAUGGACUCUACUUGCGAGCGCUGGCAACGGGAACUGAUUUGCAUGCCUUGAAAGGACACAAGUCGAAGAUUCGGGCCCUCUGCAUCGCCAUGGACAGCCAGCGAGCGAUCGUCGGUUGCGAUGACACUCGCGCCCAGAUCUACGACAUGCAUUCCGGGCGAAUUAUUCGCUCCUUGCCGCCCAAUCCGGGACCCGUUACGGCCGUUUACGUCAUGGAGAAAGAUGACUACCUGGUGACGGCCGGUGGUAACAAAAUAACCUUCUACUCAUUCCGCAACGAGGAUUCCGUCGUUAAUUUCUACCCGAAGAAGAAAAAGACAAUGAAGAAGUUCGCCAAGAGCCGAGCCGCACUGGCGGCAACGUCCAGUCCGGUGGUCUGUUUCGAUAUUUCACGUGACUCCACAAUGGCUGCCGUUGCUUCUAGUCGAUGCAUUCAAAUAUGGCAGCUGAAUACGCCAGAACUGACGGCGAUUCUGGAAGGACAUACUGGAGCGGUCACUUGUGUGACGUUUGCACCCAACUGCGAGUUCGUAGCUUCCGGUUCGGAGGAUAAGACUGUCAAUGUGUGGAGUCUCGCACUGGGGACAGUAGCAGUGAGUUUCAAGGGUCAUAACACAUUCAUAACAACCGUGACGUUCAUGAUGGACUCGAGGCGAAUAAUUUCCGCUGAUCGUGAUAGCUGCCUCUUUGUGUGGAUGGCUGAUUCCGGAACGAUUCUACAAAGUGUCCAAGGUCCCUUCAAAUGUUUAGCUGUCACAAACAACAUGAAGUUCGCGGUUUGUACUAACGGAGACACGAGCUUACGAAUAUGGUCACUUACGAGGGAGGAUGAAAAGUUUACUGUUUCGCAUGCCGCAGAGAUUACUUGCUUUGUGAUUACGGCUGACUCGCUUUAUCUGAUAUCCGGAUCGAAAGAUAUGUCACUCAAAGUGUGGCAGGCAUCGGGAGGAAAACUCGCUCAAGUGUUGGUUGGCCACACGGAUGCCGUUACAUGCGUUGCCGUUUCGGUAACCAACAAAAGUCAGGUUAUUUCAGGCUCGAAAGAUUCCAACCUUAUUAUAUGGGAUAUUCAUACGGGAGAGGAAAUUCACACGUUGGCCGGACAUUUAGCGCCAGUGACGUGCGUUAAAGUGGCAGCGGAUGGAUCCACAGCUGUUUCCGGCAGUGACGAUAAAACAUUAAUUGUUUGGGAAACCAAAAGGGGUCUUGCACUAACGUCACUUCAACUGCACGUUCAAUUUACUCGUUUUGAUAUUAGCCUGGAAUGUUCCAGAAUAGUAGUACAGCUGGUGGACAGCUCGUGUCUUCCUAUAAUAUGCCUGCACAACUCUCCUGCCUCAUAUAUUAAACUUCCUACCUACUCAGCACCGGCGAGAGACGUGGAAGAUUUGCGUCCUGCCGGACCAAAGCGGCCCGCUCGACGGUUACUCAAAAAGGAAGUAUCACUGGACACCUACACCUGGCAGAAGAAGUAUGCACAUCUGACCUCGUCGGUCAUGAUGGCCCAAGUGGACGAAAGAUUAAAGCGGCGCUUCUCGGUGUCCGCCAGUAUGGAGGAGAUAUCGAAAUUGGCCGAGACGAAAACUCUGGAAUCGCAACAGAACCUUGGACCAGAGCAAGCCGCCCUUGCACAGUCGCAACACUUCGAUCAAUUGGAAGCUUUGUGGAACAAACGUUCACCACCGAGACGACGACUGAAUGCAUCGCUUUCUCGUCAGUCAUCACUUGUGGAAGAUCGCAUAGAUUCGUCUGACGAAGAUGAAUUCCUAGAGGAACGUGCAGUAGAUGCAUGGAACUUUUCUAGUGUUUUCCACUCGUCCUUCACCCACUAUCACAACCAAAAUAAACUCCACCAGCCGCAACAUCAACCAGAUCUGCUUCGGGAGGUCUUGCUGCUUAAGAAGCAGGCGUCCGUUCCGGGCCCAACGGUGCCGCAUGACGACGCCGAUAAUGGACGCAAGUUGAAAUUGUCCUCCACCGAGACUGACUUACAGACGUUCUUCGGUCACUGUAGUAGCUUCGGUAGUUUGUACUGCACGGGACGACAGCGAAAGGCACCCCAAUUGAGCCCAGAAUGCGAGAGCAAGGCCUACGUACGGCGUCGUCAGUCGAAAUCGAUCGAAAGCUUGCAAUUUGAUCACGAUGCGCGUCUGAGGCGAAAAUAUCGGUCCUGUCUGAUGCAAUAG